CUGUCUCCUGCGACGCUACUCUGCUUCAGUGGACAUUGUCCUCACGGUGGACACACCAACCAACAUGGAGCCAUCAGAGAUCAUUAAUCGGUUGAGGGACGCCGUGGCUAACGUCUCAUCGGCUUUAGAGAUAACUGAUGAUUUAACACUGUCAAGCUGGACCUUGUCCACAGCCUGCCCCCUAAACUCUGCCGGAGGAACCGAGUGUCAAUGUGAAGAUUCCUUCACUUGGUCAUGUGACAUCUGCGACACGUAUGGUGCAUGCAGCAAUGCCAGUACAUUCAUCUGUGACUGCAUCAACGGAAUCCCUCCAUUUGGGAAGUUCUGUCAGCCAAUCACAAAUCUCACCACCGCUUGUCCAUCAAAAACACCAACACCAACUCCAACUCCAACCACAACACCGACGACAGCAGCAACAACAACAACAAUAGCGACAACAGGGACAACAGCGACCAACGCAACGACAACAACAAUAGGGACAACAGGGACAACAGCGACCAACGCAACGACAACAACAAUAGCGACAACAGGGACAACAGCGACCAACGCAACGACAACAACAAUAGCGACAACAGGGACAACAGCGACCAACGCAACAACCACCUCACCAUCAACAGAAAGUUUGUCUACGCCGGCCAGGACAAUAGACGAGAGGUCAUUAUCGGUCACUUUGGAGAUUGACUUUGAUGAAUCAUACAAUGAUGAAAGUAACAGUGUUCACCAGAGAUGUUCACAAGCUAUUGAAACGAAUUCUCAGAUCCAUAUCCCCGGUCUACUUUCAGCGGACCUCUUGGCCUUCAGGACUGGUAGCACCAUUUUUGACUUUGAAAUUACUGCAAAUACGGCAAUUCAAGACGCGGCUGUUGAUGCACUUCUGGUGGCACUAUUCAAUGAUCUGAGGAAUAGCUUCCCGGUGAGGUUUGAGAGCAGCAGAAACUUAACGUUUCAACCAACUGCCGUAUUCUUCAACGACAGAUUAAAUGUGACAUGUGGCCCACCACCACAGACGCUCCAGUUUCGUAUCACCUCGAGCGAAUGGACAGUUGAUGGUGCUUUAAUAAUCGAAGAUGACCUGCACAGGUUUUCACGGGCUAAUCGAAUGGAAACGCUUGUGAUCACCAAUUUCUUUUUUACUGACAACGGGCGCUAUCAAUGUCGGCUGUUUGAUGGGAAUUCAAGUUUCCUGCAAGACUCCAAUGAAAGAUUCAGUCUUUUGGAAACACCCACCAUUCGGAUUGUUCCGCUGAAAAACAGGAUUGUGUGCCAGGUUGGGCAGGAAUUGUCACUCCAGUGCUCUGUCCAGGAACCUUACAGUGUCAAGUUUAAAGACUUCCCAAAUACAGAAACGGGCAAUCCAAUCCAACUUCUGAAAACAAUCUCACAGGAAGACUGCGAUAACCAAGAAAUAAGCAUUGUUUGCCAAGUGAUUGAAUUUCCUCAAUUCACACGGAAUAUCACGUUGCUGUUUGUCAGCGAAGAUGGAUUCACGUGUGUAGGUGACCCAGAAUAUGGAAAUGGAUUUUUAAACGAAGAGGGUCGAGCUUCAUGUGCAACAAAUUAUGUCGGAAACAGGACUGCCAUUUGCAGGGAAAGCGGAGAAUGGGAAGAUCGCGAAGACAACUGCAACAUCCAGAAAUUUGUGCAAUUAUUGAUCGAAUCUGAGUUUUUGAAUGAACGGAUAGUGCCGGAUUUCCUGGAGGAACUCAGCAAUGCUACUUUUAUUCUAAGCGAGGAAGUGACUCAAUCUCCCAACGACAUUGAGUUAAUUGUGAGAAUUCUCAACAAUGUAGCCUCCUUGGUCACAGCAUCUCCAACUAUCCGGAUCAGUCGGGACUCGAUUGAGGAUGUCCUUAUCGUGACGGACGUCCUUAGUCGAGAUCAGGCAAGGGAAUCGUGGGACAAUCUUAACCUUCAAGCUCUCCGUGAGGACACGAGACCGAUCACUCCCAGAAAUGAGAGUUUCAGCUCAUUAUUGUUGUUUUCCCUUGAGGGUAUCACGAGCAGGCUCGUCAACGGCUCUUUCAGCAUUGAAACGCCGUUGAUAGUCUUGAACAAAACGACUUUUACCGACAGCUUCAACGGGGAUUUCAAUUCCACCGUGGAGAUCGACGUCCCGCAGUCUAACGGAGAGACCGACCUCACCGUGAUCACCUUUGAAUCUUUCGAUAACAUACUCCCCCCGAGAGAUGAAAACAACGCCUCGGGCAGGGUCAUCAACGGGAGAGUCGUCCUGGUUCAGUCCGACACGACCGUCGACGACAUCACGUUCACCUUUGACAUCGUAAACGACGGCCUGGGGAACCCUCAGUGCGUGUUCUGGAACUUUUCCCUCUUCGACGGACUCGGAGGAUGGGACGGCGAAGGUUGCGCGUUGGUUCGACGAAGGGACGACACGGUCGUGUGUCGGUGUGACCACCUGACCUCCUUUUCGAUACUCAUGUCGCCCGGCGUUCCCAACAGCCGCGUGCUGGAUUUCAUAACCUACAUUGGCGUCGGUAUUUCCAUGGCGUGCUUGGUGAUAUGCCUGAUUAUCGAGGCGCUCAUAUGGAAAAAAGUUCGAAAGAGCAACACGUCACACUUGCGCCACGUUUCCAUCAUCAACAUCGCAAUGUCUCUUCUGAUCGCAGACAUUUGGUUCAUCAUUGGCGCAAGUAUCUCCGAGGGAGAUAAGAAGAAUCCAGAUGCCUGCACCGCCGCGACCUUUUUCAUCCAUUUCUUUUACUUAGCCCUCUUUUUCUGGAUGCUGGCAUCUGCCCUACUGCUGUUCUACCGCUCGGUCAGAGUCUUUGAUGGAGGACUUUCCAAAAACACAAUGCUAGCUAUUGGAUUCUCGCUUGGCUACGGGGCCCCGCUAAUUAUCACGGUCAUUACCAUCGCCGUGACUGCACCCAACGACGCAUACAUUCGAGAAAAUGUCAUCUGCUGGCUCAAUUGGGACAAGUCGAGAGCACUGCUGGCGUUUGUGGUCCCGGCACUGCUCAUCGUGUUUGUCAACAUUAUCAUCCUAAUUGUGGUGAUAGUUAAAAUAUUGCAGAGUCGGGGGAUGACGCGCGGUGCCCAUGAAGAUGAGAAGUACGUCCUGGUCGUCAUUAUUCGGAGCUUGGCCAUCCUCACGCCCUUUUUUGGAAUAACGUGGGGUCUUGGAGUUGGAAUCUUAGUCGACCCAACGAAUCUCGGAAUCCACAUCACCUUUGCCUUCUUCAAUUCUCUGCAGGGAUUCUUCAUAUUAGUUUUUGGAACGCUCUUGGACAAAAAGGUUCGGUCAGAAAUAUCGAUGUUCACACAGUCUCAGGCUUCGGGAAGUGGGACAAAGAGCUCGAGUGCUGAAAAUUCAUCAAGCGGAUGGCAUAUCUGGAGGAACUUUGGAAGAAGAGGUGUUAGUAACCCAUCAUCGGAGGCCUCCUCAUCAUCCCGGGCGAUCAACACUUGAUACCCACUGCAAAAUUCGCAGCUCAGCCGAUUUUUCCGAACUUUUUGUGCAUAAGCUAUGUAUUCUAAUCACAGAAGUGGUUACUGGAGAUGCUGACAGCAUUAGAUCAAGGCAUCCGUCGCAUAGUUGUAAAUGUCUCCAGUGUGAGAAAAAUAAAGGUUUUCUUAUCUUAUAACA